GUGGGGCCUCCCCGGGGCUGCGCGGGGAGACAAAUGGGUAGCCUAUUGGAAGGCUGCGCGGGGAGACAAAUGGGUAGCCUAUUGGAAGACCGACACGAAUACUACAGAAUUGGAAAGCCCUGCAGGUCUGGACUUGAAUCUUGUUGGGCUGAGAACAUCUACAAGGUGUACCUUCAGAACACUCUAACCCUAAGGGGGGUGCUCGAGUCACUCAAGACGUAUUGGCCAAUCAGAGUCUCUCGGCCGACCUGCAAAUCAAAAGGAAGGCGGGGUUUUCCGGGUGCAGUGGCGCCUGUUUAGCUAAGUUGUGGUACGGAAUAGAUUGGCACCUUGAUCUGCGCUCUCUGUCCUGAGGCUGAAUGCUGUGGAGGGUGCUCAGGCAAGCUCCGAAGUUGCGACAUGGAUGCAUUGACCUAUGAUGAUGUGNAUGUGAACUUCACUCAAGAAGAAUGGGCUUUGCUGAAUGCUUCACAGAAGAGUCUCUACAAAGAUGUGAUGUUGGAGACCUACAGGAACCUCAAUGCUGUAGGCUACAAUUGGGAAGACCAUAAUAUUGAAGAACAUUGUCAAAGUUCCAGAAGACAUGGAAGGAAUGACAGAAGUCUUACUGGAGAGAAUCCCUAUGAAGGCAUUCAGUGCGGUAAAGCCUUUGUUCUUCACAGUAGUUUCCGAAUGCAGAAAAUAACACACACUGGAGAGAAACGCUACAAAUGCAGUCAAUGUGGUAAAGCCUAUGCAAGACCCCAUACUCUCCAAAUACAUGAAAGAACACAUAGUGGAGAGAAAGCCUAUGAAUGUAAGCAAUGUAGUAAAUCCUUUGCUUCUCAUGGUCAACUUCGAAAACAUGAAAGAAUUCAUACUCGAGGGAAAUGUUACAAAUGUGAUCAAUGUUCUAAAGCCUUUGCAUACCCUGGUAAUCUUCGAAUGCAUAAAAGAAUGCAUACUGAACACAAACCCUAUGCAUGUAAUCAAUGUACUAAAUCCUUUGCUUCUCGUGGUCAACUUCGAAUACAUGAAAGAAUUCAUACUGAAGAGAAACCCUAUGAAUGUAAUCAAUGUAGUAAAACCUUUGCUUGUCAUGGUCAACUUCGAAUACAUGAAAGAACACAUAGUGGAGAGAAACCCUAUGAAUGUAAGCAAUGUAGUAAAACCUUUGAAUCUCAUGGUCAACUUCAAAUACAUGAAAGAAUUCAUACUGGAGAGAAACCUUACAAAUGUGAUCAGUGUGGCAAAGCCUUUGCACAACACGGCAAUCUCAAAAUGCAUAAAAUAACAACACAUACUGAAGAGAAACCUUACAAGUGUGACCAGUGUGGUAAAGGCUUUGCAUAUCAUAGAAGGUUCCAAGUACAUAAAAGAGCACAUACUGGAGAGAAGCCCUAUGAAUGUAAGCAAUGUGGCAAAGCCUUUGCAUGUCAAAAUUAUUACCAAGUACAUAAAAGAAUACAUACUGGAGAGAAACCCUAUGAAUGUAAGCAAUGUGGCAAAGCCUUUGCAUAUCAACAUUAUUACCAAAUACAUAAAAGAAUACAUACUGGAGAGAAACCCUAUGAAUGUAAGCAAUGUGGCAAAGCCUUUGCAUAUCAAAAUUAUUACCAAGUACAUAUAAGAAUACAUACUGGAGAGAAACCCUAUGAAUGUAAGCAAUGUAGUAAAUCCUUUGCUUCUCGUGGUCAACUUCGAAAACAUGAAAGAAUUCAUACUGGAGAGAAAAGUUAUUAAUGUAGACAAUGUGGUAAAGCCUAUUCACAAUCAACUUGCCUAAAACUACAUAAAAGAAGACAUACUAAAGAGUGACCCUAUGAAUAUAUCUAAUGUGGUAAAUCCUUUACAGUGAUAUUGAAAGGUGUGGUGGUUUAAAUAUACUUGGCCUGUGGCAAGUGGCUGUAUUAGGAAGUAUGGCCUUUUGGAGUAGAUGUAGCAUUUCAGAAAGUCUGUCACUGUGGGCUUGGACUCUGAGAUCCUAUGCUUAAGCUCCACCCAGGGCAGAAGAGUCUUCUGGCU